AUGCGCAUGGGACGGGAAUGUGCGCGCAUUGGACGGGACAGGCGAUCUUCUUGGAUGACAUCGGGAAGAACCUCAAACCCGCAGCAGCCAUGGGCAUUUGGACCAUCCACGUGGAAAAUGGCCGGCCGAAGCAGUACCUGGAAGCUCUUCAGAAGCUUCAGGCGAGGCUCGAUGGCUGACCUUCACCCGCUGGGAGUGGGUGAAGCUCGAUGGUUCUUAGGUGUUCAGAGUGGAGUGAGUGGUUUUCGGCUUUGGUGUGUGAUGGUGGCCUUUGGUGGCCUUUGGUGGCCUGAGUUCUUUAGAUGA